CAAACCUCACACUCCACCUCUCCUUCUCAAUCCCGACCAGCAGUGCUAUCGUAUGGAUUCAGGGUUCGGCAGGACCACCAUUCUUCCUUGUAUUCCUAAGAUUUGUGGGGAGAAAUCUUCCCGCCUUGAGUGUGUUGCUGUGGCUCACAGGUAAUGCUAUUGCUUUGGGCCUUUUCUGCAAUGCCUUCUCCUCAGUAGCUCACCCCUUGUAUCAUGUGCCCUAAACACAAGCACCUGCCAUGCCACCACAAAUCGCAUUGCCUUUAUUCCUGCCUGUUUCUGAGUAAACAUCUUAUUGUUAUUUUCAAAUAGGUAAACUCCUUUUGUACUGUUCCUCUAGAUUUACCUCUAAAAUCUACACCACAUGACUGUUAAAUUCAGCCGAGAAUUCUCUUUCCGUCCAGCAGAGUAGCAGUUGAAGACUCCAGGUGAACAAGCAGCCCAAGAGCCCAGGGAGUCUCCUAUUGAGGAAGGUAAUCAACAACAAUGAGACUGGUUUAAGGGAGAAGAGAGUAAAUUUUUUUUUAAUAAAACAAAAACUGAAUUGGAAUUCCAAGUACAUGUUAAGCAGAAAAAUAGCUGUAUCUUAAACCAAUGCCCAGGGUAUUCGUUCAUUGUAAAAAGAGAGACGCUCUCAUCUAUCUGCUAAGAUGUUUGCUUUGGCUUGUUCUUCUGGAACCUUGUUUGAAGGGAUUUCUAAAUGAUUAACUGUUAACAACAUACCAAAAUACCUGAUACUAAUUUAGUUGAUGGUUUAUCAUAAUUCAAUAAAGGCAUUCAGAAAUCAGUUACAUUAAGAGAUGAAAAAGAUACCAUAUUAUGGGAUUCCUAUUGGCCAAUGCACAGUGACUUAGAACAAUCCAAAGCUACAGUGAACACUUUUAGAAAAGCUUCCACUGAUAAUAUAUUUUGUUCUAGGCCACUAAAAAAAAAAAACACAUCAUGGAGCUCCGGAACUCCACCUUGGGAAGUGCCUUCAUCUUGGUGGGAAUUCUAAAUGACAGUGGGUCUCCUGAAGUGGUCUGUGCUACAAUUACUGUCCUUUACUUGUUGGCCCUGACCAGCAAUGGCCUGCUGCUCCUGGCCAUCACUAUGGAAGCCCAGCUCCACGUGCCCAUGUACCUCCUGCUUGGGCAGCUCUCUCUCAUGGACCUCCUGUUCACAUCUGUUGUCACUCCCAAGGCCCUUGCAGACUUUCUGCGCAGAGAAAACACCAUCUCCUUUGGAGGCUGUGCCCUUCAGAUGUUCCUGGCACUAACAAUGGGUGGUGCUGAAGACCUCCUACUGGCCUUCAUGGCCUAUGACAGGUAUGUGGCCAUUUGUCAUCCUCUGAAAUACAUGACCCUCAUGAGCCCAAGAAUCUGCUGGCUCGUGGUGGCCACAUCCUGGAUCCUGGCAUCUCUGACUGCUCUAGGCCAUACCACAUACACCAUGCACUUUCCUUUCUGCAUAUCCUGGGAAAUCAGGCAUCUGCUCUGUGAGAUCCCACCCUUGCUGAAGUUGGCCUGUGCUGAUACCUCCAGGUAUGAACUUAUAAUAUAUGUGACAGGUGUGACUUUUCUCUUGCUCCCCAUUUCUGCCAUUGUUGCCUCCUACACACUAAUCUUAUUCACUGUGCUCCAUAUACCAUCAAAUGAGGGGAGGAAGAAAGCCCUUGUCACCUGCUCUUCCCACCUGACUGUGGUUGGGAUGUUCUAUGGAGCUGCCACAUUCAUGUAUGUCUUGCCCAGUUCCUUCCACAGUCCCAAACAAGACAACAUCAUAUCUGUUUUUUACACAAUUGUCACUCCAGCCUUGAAUCCCCUCAUCUACAGCCUGAGAAAUAAGGAAGUCAUGGGGGCCUUGAGGAGGGUCCUGGGAAAAUACGUGCUGCUGGCACAUUCCACGCUCUAGGGCCAGCUCGUGGC